GGUCAAAGUCAGAGUGGUGGUCACGGCCCUGGAGGAGGCAAGAAAGAUGACAAGGAUAAGAAGAAGAAGUAUGAACCGCCAGUACCUACUCGAGUUGGGAAAAAGAAAAAGAAGACGAAAGGGCCCGAUGCCGCUAGUAAACUUCCUCUUGUAACACCACACACACAAUGUAGGCUGAAGCUUCUGAAAAUGGAGAGAAUUAAAGAUUAUCUCCUCAUGGAGGAAGAGUUUAUUAGAAAUCAGGAGCAGAUGAAGCCCCUGGAGGAGAAACAGGAGGAAGAGAGGUCCAAGGUGGAUGACCUGCGAGGAACCCCCAUGUCUGUGGGCACAUUAGAGGAGAUUAUUGAUGACAACCAUGCCAUUGUUUCUACAUCUGUCGGGUCUGAGCACUAUGUCAGCAUCCUGUCAUUUGUAGAUAAAGACCUGUUGGAACCGGGCUGCUCUGUUCUGUUGAACCACAAAGUGCAUGCAGUGAUUGGUGUUCUCAUGGAUGACACCGAUCCCUUGGUAACCGUUAUGAAAGUGGAGAAAGCCCCUCAGGAGACGUACGCAGAUAUAGGUGGACUGGACAACCAGAUUCAGGAAAUUAAGGAGUCUGUAGAGCUUCCACUCACCCACCCAGAGUACUACGAAGAGAUGGGCAUCAAACCACCUAAAGGAGUCAUAUUGUAUGGUCCUCCUGGCACAGGUAAAACCCUUCUGGCCAAGGCUGUAGCCAACCAGACAUCGGCUACUUUCCUGAGGGUGGUAGGCUCGGAGCUGAUCCAAAAAUACCUGGGAGAUGGACCCAAGUUGGUGCGGGAGCUUUUCAGAGUGGCUGAAGAACAUGCUCCGUCUAUUGUAUUUAUUGAUGAAAUAGAUGCCAUUGGGACAAAGAGAUACGAUUCUAACUCUGGUGGAGAGAGAGAAAUUCAGAGAACCAUGUUGGAGCUUCUGAACCAGCUGGAUGGAUUUGAUUCUCGAGGGGAUGUAAAAGUUAUUAUGGCCACCAACCGAAUAGAAACCCUGGACCCAGCAUUAAUUAGACCAGGUCGUAUCGACCGUAAAAUUGAGUUCCCUCUACCAGACGAGAAAACAAAGAGGAGAAUCUUCCAGAUACACACUAGCCGCAUGACCCUGUCAGACGACGUCACACUAGAUGACUUAAUCAUGGCGAAAGAUGACCUGUCCGGAGCAGAUAUAAAGGCUAUAUGUACAGAGGCCGGCCUGAUGGCCCUACGUGAGAGGAGGAUGAAGGUCACCAAUGAAGAUUUUAAGAAAUCAAAAGAAAAUGUCUUGUACAAGAAACAAGAAGGCACUCCGGAGGGCCUCUAUCUCUAA